AUGUCCGAACCAAGUACCGUCUGCGACUUCCAAAAAGAGCGCUCCGACUUCCUCUCCUGGCUCGAAGAUCAAGCCCGACUGAUCAGACACCAACCGAAGUCAGAAACCAUCACAGAAGUGAAAGUGAACAUACGCGAAAAUGCCGUUGAAUACUUGGAUCGACUUACUCAAACUGCGAUUGUCAUGGCAUGUGAGGCGAAGGAUCAUAUCUGCGUCACGGCAAAGCCGCCCCAGUUCUACGAGGUCGAGGUUCCGAAAAUGUGCAGUGCGCUGCAGCUGAGACUACCACAACUGGCUUCGAGGCUCGCUAUCAAUUCAAAAUGCGACAUGUGUGUCCAUUUCAUUAUCAUGAACAUUCUGGCGGAGCCUGGGUUCUAG